AUGGAGGAGAGGGGCCUCGGGGCCCCCCGCCUAAGCAGCAGCGGGGGCCUCCUUGACCGUAUGCAUAGGAGGCAUGAGCGACACGGGCUGCUGCAGCAGCAGCAGCAGCUAAGCAGCUCGCACUCUGUUGCUGCUGCUGCUGCUGCUCUUGAGUACAUAGAAGAUGACGAAGACAGCAGCUAUACAGAACAUCAUCGCUUUGCUUCCCGUAGAUAUAAGUCUUAUGUUGAGCUGCAGCAGCAGCAGCGGCAGCAGCAGCAGCAGCAGCAGCAGCAGCAGCAUUGUAUAUCCUUCGUAGACAGCGAAAUCGAAGAACUUAGAGAGGCAUACAAGAAGGUGCGUAGUCCUCCAAGCAGGGGAGGGACACCAACAGCAGCAGCAGCAGCAGCAGCAGCAGCAGCAGAUAUGCGGCAGCAGCAACAGCAGCAGCAGCGAAAGUCCAUGGUGCGAGUUAGCAGCAGCAGAGAUAAGAGAGGUGCUGUAUUUGCUGCUGCUGCUGCUGCUGCUUCGCCGGAUACAGCAGCAGACACAGAGGAUUCGCGGCACAUGACUGCCUCGACACGAGGCAGCAGCAGCAGUAGCAGCAGCAGCAGCAACAACAACAACAGUAGAAUCAGCAGCAGCAGCAGUAGCAGCAGCAGCAGCAGCAGGAAUCCCUUUGAUGAGAUACCCGUGGCAGUAGCAGCAGCAGGGGAGGAGCCAGCUCCCUUCGAGGCUUUGCUGCAGCGUGCGCUGCAGCAGGAAGCAGAGAGCAGCAGCAGCAGCAGCAGAGGCGUCGCCUCAUCUUCCUCCCUUAUGGAGCAGCAGACAGAGCAGCAGCAGCAGCAGCAACAGCAGCAGCAGCGGCAGCAGUGCCGCCCUUUCCUUAGAAAGGGUACUAACCUACAAGCAUGGAGGGCCCCCUCUGUCUGCGGCAGGAGGGGCCCCCCUAGAGGUGCAGCAGCAGCAGCAUCAGCAGCAACAACACCUGAGUCAUCAACCCUUCAAGGGGAGCUGCAGCAUAGUCCAAGAGCAGCAGCAGCAGCAACCGCAGCAGCAGCAGCUGCUGCUGCUGCUGCAGAUGCUCGUCAUAGCGGUGCAGCUGCAGCUGCAGCAGCAGGACCAGCAUCGCCAACAAGCCGAAGACAGCAGCACCAGCUGCAACUGCAGCAGCAGCAGCAGCAGCAGCAGCAUAAUCACCGCGUUGCUGCAUCUGACGGAGAAGAUGAGGAUGACUCAGCAGCAGCAGCAGCAGCAGCAACAGCAGCAGCAGCAGCAGCAGCAGCAGAUGAAGCAGCAAAGAGAGAAGCAGAUUGGGACACCCGUCUGUUUGAAGACACCCCAACGACGAGGAAUCUGCUGCUGCAGGGACGGAAGCAGCAGCAGCAGCAGCAGCAGCAGCAGCAGCAGCAUAAGCAGCUGCUGCAGCAGCAGCAGCAAUUGAUGAGGAUGCAUGACCUACUAGAUCAGCCAGAUGAUGCAGAGGAUGAUGAUUGGCUAGGCGAGCAGCUGCAGCAGCAGCAGGAGGAAAUGCAGCAGCAGCAGCAGCAGCAGCAGCAGGCACAGCUGCAGCAAGGUAGACAUUCGAUCUCCUCUAGGAAGCAAGCAUCAUCUUCAGCAGCAGCUGCAGCAGCAGCAGCAGCAGCAGCAACAGCAGCAACAGCUGGUGCUGAGGAUGGAGCAUCGCUGACGUCCCCAGACAGCCCACUGCAGCGAGGCGAAGAGCAGCAGCGACAGCAGCAGCAGCAGCAGCAACAGCAGCAGCAGCAGCAGCAAAGCGAGGAUGAAGAGGAAGAGGAGGAAGAUGAGGCAAUUGACCGUCGAGUAUUCUCCCUGAGGCAGCAUGCAGCUUCCAGGCAGCAGCAGCAGCAGCAGCAGCAGCAGCAGCAACAGCAGGUGCCGCAGCAGCAGCAGCAGCAGCAGCGUCACGUAGAGGAAGAGCAGCAGCAGCUGUCUCCUCUGCAUCGUCCUCGUUUAAUAUCCUUUGCUGAUGAAUUUGGUGCAGCAGCAGCAGCAGCAGGAGCAGCAGAACCAGCAGCAGCAGCAGCAGGAGCAGCAGCAGGAGCAGCAGCAGCAGCAGAAGGCAGCAACAGCAGCGGGGCGCUGCAGGUAUCUGCUGCUGCAGCAGAAGAGAGCGAAAGAGAAUUGUUUAAAUCAAGAAUGGAGAUCCUUAAGUUACAGAUGGGAAGAUUGAGGGAAAGCGAAGAUCGUCUAAGAAAUAUUUCUGCUGAACUCCGUCAGCAAAGAGCUGAUCUUGAGGCAGAAAGGGGCCGAUUACAUUCAACUAUGAAUGAGCAGCAUCAGCAGGCGCUGCAGGAGAUAAGCGCAUGCAGGCAGCAGCUGCAGCAGCAGAAGCGUCGUCUUGCAGCGGAAAGAGAGCGACUGCGUGAGGGUUUGGCGCAGCAGCAUCAGCAGCAGCAACAGCAGCAGCUGCUGCAGCAGCAAGUUGCAGAUUUGAAGGAGGAGCUACAAAGCCUAAGGAGUCGGUAUAGAUCAGCACACAGUCGUUGGGCAGCAGAGAAGCAGCAGCUGCAGCAGCAGCUGCAGGAAGCAAAAGCAGAGCUAAGGCUUGCUGUUGCUACAGGAAACCCUCCGCAUGCAGCAGCAGCAACCACUGCUGCUGCUGCAGCAGCAGCAGCAGCAGCAAAAAGAUACCCAGGGAGGCCCGCGUCUGUAUCUGGGCGCAGCACACCCCUUUCCGCCCGCCGCCAGCAGCAGCAGCAGCAACAGCAGCAGCAGCAGCAGCAGCAGCGGCAGCAUAGAACACAUACAGCAGCAUCUGCUGCUCGUCGGCGGUCUAGCUUGAGCAGCACGAGCAGCAUCCGCAGCAGCAGCUGCUGCAGCAUAGCACACUGGGAGCAGCAGCAGCAGCAGCAGCAGCAGCAGCAGCAGCAGCAAGUAGAUUCUCCUCCAAUGCUCUCUCCUUCUGCAUUAGAUGGCCCUGAUUGGCAAGACACAGCAGCAAGCAUGCUUGAGCAAGACUUGUGUUCUGCUGCUGCUGCUGCUGCUGCUGGUCCUGCUGCUGCAGGUGCUAGUGCUGCUGCUGCUGCUGCAGCUGAUGCACCGUCUGCGUUGGGUCGUCUUGCUGCUUCUGUUGCAAGUAGUUUACGACAGCAGCAGCAGAUGCAGCAGCAACAGCAGCAGCUGCAGCAGCAGCAGCAGCAGCAGCAGCAAGGCAGCACAACUUUGCUGCCUGCUGCUUCCUUUAUAUCCCCUACAGAUUCCUUUGGUCGUCAUAAUCCUCAGCAGCAGCAGCUGCUGUACGAGCAGCAGCAGAUGCUGCAGCAGCAGCAGCAGCAAUUAAUGCAGCAGCAGCAGAUGUUAUUACAAUUAUCUCAAUCUCUUGCUGCAGCAGGAAAUACAUCUAUAUCUAAACCCCAUCAGCAGCUGCUGCAGCAGCAGCAGCAGCAGCUGCAGCAGCAGCAGCAGCAGCAGCACGAAGCAUCACAGAGCAGCACCUCUACUAGGGAGAGCAGCACACACCACAGCAGCAGCAUUCCUCUAGAGGCGGAGCCGUUGCUGCCUCCUGAGGUAGUAACACAAUUUGGUGUUUUUCCUGUUCCUGCUGCUGCUGCAGCAGCAGCAGCAGCAGGUGCAGCAGCAGCAACAGCAGCAAGAGGAGCAGGAGCAGGAGCAGCAACAAGAGCAGGUGUAGGAAAAGGAGCAGCAGCAGUAGAUACUGCUGCUGCUGCUGCUGCUGCUACUGUUACUUCAGCUGUGCCGCAUGCUGCAGCAGCUACUGUUGCUGAGGAAACCCAUACUGUUGCUGCUGCUACUGCAGCAACUGCAGCAACAGCAGCAACAGCAGCAGCAGGAGCAGCAGCAAUACCGCAGCAGCAAACAUAUCCUCAAUCUGAUGGUUAUGACCUAAGUAAGUACUGUCCCUUACCCCUUUAA